AACCCGAUAACGGUGCGAAAAUCAAUAAAAUCGGGUUAUUCCAGCGCAUUAGGCCGCGGUAAAAAACAUAAGAUAAAAUUGUCUUGCCGUACGCUGUGGAUCACGCGGCCCUUAUCGGGUGGCAAAACCAGCUCCUGUAAACGGUCGUUAUUUUUGGGGAAAUCUCACCCCGUCACGGAUUUACAACCGCUCGGGGUUAUUUUGAAAGCGUCGUAAAACAGUGCGAGACUGCGGCAGAUAGAACUGCUGCUUCACCGUUCGGUGCAGCGGUGGAGGACUAUUUUUGACGUCAUAUCAGUGACAGCAUGUGUUCCUUUUUGCGGUGCGCUUAGGCCUGUUUUUUUCUGGUUGGUAAACUGCUGGGAGCCUGUUGGUAAAACGCAUUAGCAGUGCCGAGGGUUUUCGCCACCCUUCGCUCGUGCAACGCAGCACGGGCCCUGCGAUAUCACCUAGAACCCGAAAACAUUGGAAUUGUUUUUGCUGCUGCCGAGAAAACGCGAUGUAAAGAUGGUAUCAUUCGUCAUUGUCAGUGUGCAGAGGACACUUUCUGUCGGUCGUUAUCGGGAUGUUUCGAUAGCAUUUCGAUUCUGCAGAGAUCGUGUCUUACAACCUCUGGAUCGAGGAAGCGAUCGUGCACAGGAAACCGCCAGCCAGGGCAGACCGGGACCGAGUCGCUAUCGCAGCAAGUGCAAAACUCGACUACCCUGUUCAAGCACAGCGUAUGGCAAAUUAUUACCACGUAUUGCAGCGCAUUUCGCCUUUUUGGAGUGUUUUAUCCACCCGCGUUUACUCAGCUGACAGUUUGUCUGCCGUCGGCGGGCUCCACUCUGGAUGCUGGAUGUGACGGCGCAAGAAGGCUUUUGCCGUGAACAGACCGCGACACGGUAUCAGUUGGAUCUGGCCAAGAUCUAGAGUAGGUAAGAUGCGGGCAGUUUUCUUGUCCUUGGGCUUGCUCUGUGCAGUUGGACUGUCGGUUGGGCAACAGUCGCGAAGGAACUUCUUCGAGUUUUUCUUCGACGUGGAGAACAGACUGCAGAAUGGGCGUAUCGUCGGCGGUUCCACAGUGUCUAUUGCGCGGUAUCCAUUCGUGGCGUCCUUGCGCCGCUACUCCAAUCAUAUUUGCUCCGUGUCCGUCAUUUCGACGUUCCACGCCGCCACCAGCGCUCACUGCACGUACUCGUUUAAAUCGUUAACAGGCGUGACCAUCUACGGAGGCAGUACUAGCCGCACGACCGGUGGCAGAGUCUUCGUUGUGUCGAAUAACUUCAUCCAUCCGGAAUAUGAUCCGGACACGUUCGAUUUCGAUGUGGCUGUGCUGCGGGUGAAGACAGCGUUCACUCCCAACACGAACAUUGCGGCCAUACCGCUGGCCCCUGUCGGGUAUACUGUCCCCGAUCGGGUCUUGCCCACCGUCACUGGCUGGGGUCGCACAUCGUCCGGAGGAUCACUGUCCCCUUCGUUGCGCGCCGUAGCAAUCCCCAUCGUUAGUACCAGCACGUGUCAAUCGCUAUGGAGUGCUGCGGCGAUCACGGAGAAUAUGAUAUGCGCCGGCUCGAAGGGAAAGGACGCUUGUACGGGUGACAGCGGUGGUGCACUGGCGGUCCCGUCUAACAAUUACUUCGUGCUGAUCGGAAUGGUGUCCUGGGGAUCGGCUUCGUGUGGCAGCGAAUAUCCCGGCGUUUAUGUGAGCGUGGCUUCCGCAAAAGUUCAAAGCUUUUUAGCGCAAUAUCUUCGCAUGGGGCUGUUAUUAGUGGUAGGUUUGCUUUCAUGCGUAACCGGUACAUUCGCUGACAGUGUGCAGUUACAACUAUGGCGCUCGAUGCAGGUGCGCCGAAACGUCCCAACGUCCGAGCCCCGAAUGUCGGGCCGGAUCGUCGGCGGCUUCGAGGCGGACAUUAGUGCCGUUCCGUUUCAACUGUCGGUGCGGCGCUAUGGCUAUCACAUUUGCGGAGCAGCGGUUGUGGACACGGUCUUUGCCAUAACUGCGGCCCACUGUGUGGCAGCUGACUCUUCUCCCGAGUUUAUCACACUGAAGGGAGGCACUAGUAAUCGGACGGACACCGAGGAAGGCGUAACGUUUGUGGUCAACGAAAUCAUUGUACACCCAACGUUCAAUCCAAGCACCUACCAUAACGAUGUCGCAUUGCUGCGGAUCGACGGGACAUUCAGCGGGAUUGAUAAUGUGAGCCCGAUCGCAUUUCACACUUCGUUCAUUUUUGCGUCCAACUUCCAUCCGGUGUACUGCAUGGUGUCGGGCUGGGGAGUUUCCAACAUGUACACCAGUGCUCUGCCGGAGAUCUUGCGCAUGGUGCGCAUUCCACUGGUGCCGUAUACCGAAUGCCGUCGCAAGUGGAGUCCGUCGCCUGUUACGAACUCGAUGGUGUGCGCCGGAGAACCACGACGGGACGCCUGCAACGGUGACAGUGGAGGACCCUUGGUGUGCAACAACAAACUGUACGGCAUAGUGUCCUGGGGCGCAACUCAAUGUGGAAGCUCGUUCCCGGGAGUGUACACAGCGAUACCAGCGAGAGAUAUUGCCAACUUUAUUAACCAGUACCUGCCUGUACCGACCGAGGAACCGUAGGUCUUACUGGCGAGCGUCUGCGGCAGGGAAAUAGAGAGGCACGAGGGAGACAGGCUAGGCGAGUGGUGGACGGUGGAAUUCAUGUUACUUUCAUGUUUCCCCAGAACAGUACAAAAUAAACAAACAUUAAAUGGCUUUCGGUUGAAGGUUUCAAUUCAAUCAAACA